ACUGGGGCCCCUGCAGUGCACACGAAAGGAAACUUGCCAGUUUCGUUUUCGUGUUCAGAAAGGGAGGGCAGGGUAUUUAAUGGACGCGAAAACAACAUUACUGUACAGCGAGAAAGGACACCGGUACUGGCACAGCGGAAUCAUAUUUAGUGUUCCACUUUAACACAGCAACAAGGGAGAACCACCGACAAUCCUGCUCAGUUAAAAUGAAUCUAUACGGCUAUCAAGAAGAGGUGAUCCAGCCUGCUUUGGAAGGCAAGAAUAUCAUUAUCUGGCUCCCUACCGGCGGGGGAAAGACCAGGGCAGCUGUGUAUGUGGCAAAGAAUCACCUGGAAAGGAGGCGUGGGGCCAAGGUAGCGGUGCUGGUAAAUAAGAUUCACCUGGUAGACCAGCACUACAACAAUGAGUUCAAGCCCUUUCUGAACGGCUCCCACAGCAUUGCCCAUAUCAGCGGGGACAGCGACCAGAAGGAGUUCUUCUCCAAAGUCGUGCGGGACAAUGACGUCAUCAUCUGCACGGCGCAGAUCUUGGAGAACGCCCUGAAUAACACAGAGGAAGAGAAGCACGUGGAGCUCACAGACUUCAGCCUCCUGAUCAUCGACGAGUGCCACCACACCCACAAGGAUGCUGUGUACAACAAGAUCAUGGAGCGCUACGUGGAGAAGAAGCUGCUUCAAGAGGAAGGGCUACCACAGGUGCUGGGCCUGACUGCAUCUCCAGGGACCGGGGGGGCCAAGAACCUGGACGCAGCCAAGGACCAUGUGCUGCAGAUCUGUGCCAACCUUGAUGCCAGUGAAAUCAGGUCUGCCAAAGUACACUUAGCUGAGCUGCAAGAGAAGGUCCCUAAACCCAGAAAGCAGUAUGACGUUGUUCACGAGAGACUGCGGGACCCCUUUGGAGACAAAGUGAAGGAGCUCAUGGGGGAGAUCCACGACCACAUUGACUGGCCUGACGUCACCAGACGCUUCGGCUCUCAGGAAUUCGAGCAGGAAGUAGUGGAGCUGGAAAAAUCAGGUGCUGACAGGGGUAACCGGCGGCUGCGUCAGUGUGCCCUGCACCUCCGCAAAUACAACGACGCGCUGCUGGUGAACGACACGGUGCGCAUGAUAGACGCCUUCAACGUCCUGGACACCUUCAACACCCACGAGAGAGCGACGCGGGGAGGCCUGGACGACACUGACCACUUCCUCUUCAGAGUCUUUCAGCGUAGCAAAGUGGAGUUGCAGCAGCUGGCCAGCACCCCAGAGUUUGAGAACCCCAAGCUGGCGAAGCUGGAACACAUCCUGCUGGAUCAGUUCGGGAACUCGCGAGAGUCCCGCGGGAUCCUGUUCACCAAGACCCGCACGAGCACCCACUGCCUGAACGACUGGAUCAGAACCAAUGUAAAACUGAGAGAGGCAGGGAUCAAACCAUCCCCCUUGACCGGGGCGGGCUUCAGCAACCAGGCCGGCCACAUGACCCAGCGGCAACAGCAGGAGACCAUCCAGAGGUUCAGGGAUGGAGAGUUGAAUCUCCUGAUUUCGACAAGCGUUGCAGAGGAGGGACUGGAUAUCCCACAGUGCAAUCUGGUGGUGCGUUAUGGCCUGCUCACCAACGACAUCGCCACCAAGCAGGCGCAAGGCAGGGCGCGUGCUGAAGAUAGUGUGUACUCUGUGGUAGCACAGAGCGGUGGGAGGGAGCUGAGGCGCGAGCACACCAACGAGUAUCUGGAGGAGCUCACUGAGAAAGCCAUCGACGAGGUGCAGCGUAUGGCAAAGAGGGACUACCACAUGAAGAUCCGAGACCUGCAGAAGGAAGCCAUCGUCACCCGGAGACUGGCCCUAGGGAAGGCGGAGGAGAAGAGGAACACCCACGACCCCUCGGUUGUGAUUCUGCACUGCAGGCGCUGCAACAACGCUGUGUGUCAUGGGAGUGACCUGCAGGUUAUCGAGGGCACUCACCACGUCAACAUCAACCCCCUCUUUGAGGUUUACUACAAAUUAGGUGUAAAAGUUUGCCUUGGAAAGAAAUUUGAGGACUGGGAACCCGGACACACAAUAAACUGCAAGGAGUGCGGUCAGGAUUGGGGGAUGGAAAUGAUAUACAAGGCUGUGACCCUGCCCAUGCUCUCCAUCAAAAAGUUUGUGAUCGCAACGCCCAAGGGCAGAUACUCCUGCAAGCAGUGGAAAGGAGUCACCUUCCAAAUCGAUGAAUUUGACUACAUUGCUUACUGCCAGAGGAAGUUUGAAGAUCUACUGCCGAACUUUAACUGAGAGCAAGACGCACGGUUAACUGGGUAGUCACGUCAUCUCCCUUCAAAGCAGAGCACACAGAUCCACACUUCUGUUGCUCGCAUAGUUUUUAAGCGCCAGUAGGUGGGAACAAAUGAUUAGAUUUUCUUCAACAGUUUUGUCACAUGAAGACAGGCAGUAAAAGACUAGCUAGAUGAACUCACAAAUGAGGCUAAUACCACUUCUUCUCGUAUGCAAUAUUAUUUUAAAUAGAGGGAAUGUCUUUUUUUAUUUUCUAAGGAGAAUCGGUUAUUAAUGUCUUCAAAUGUGGUGGGAAAACACAUCUCUGUAUUUACUCUGAUAAACAACACACCAAAUCACCUUGCCUUGAAUUUGCACUUUAUAAUUUGUUUUCAUGGUUAACCCUAUAAGGGCCACUGACAAGCAAGACAUCCAUUUCUUACCCAGCUUGAUUAAUAUUACUGAAGGUCUUUUAUUGUGCUUUUUAAUGUUAUUUCUGGAUAUACAAAAAUUUGAAACACAAUUCUGUACGGGGAUGGAAAUAAGACUCCCAUUGCAUAGCAGUUUGAUCCAUUCCUGGUUUAACUAAGAGUUUAUGAAGACUCACCUGAGCUUGUUACCUAUACACCUUGGAUAAUUAAGCUUGCAGUAAAACCUGGAAUGGAUGAAAAUGCUAUGCAAUAGGAAUCCUGUUACCAUCCCUGCUGGAAACCACUGCAUCCCGUAGGUCACAUGGUUUGAUACCAGCGUGCUGACAAAAAAAAAAAAAGCAAUUAUAGCCUGUCUCUGGCUAGGUCAGACUUGAUUCCCAUUGCACUUGAGUGGAGCUGAAUUUGUAUUUUCCAUUAAAAUCUACCACUGAAAAAUAAAAGCUGUAAUUGCUUGCAGUGUGCUUAAACCAAAGUGUAAUGGUUUAUAACACUGAAAGACUUUUCCCCUGAAUUCUUUCAGUUUGGGUGAACUUUUUAUCUGUGAUCAUGACCUAGUAUUUACAAAUGCUGUGUAUGGAUUUAAUAUAUUUGUUUCAUGUUUUAAUAUAAUAAUAAUAAUAAAAUAUAUUCUAAGAUGUUAAGAUUCAAAUAGGGGGUAAAUCAUUAAAACUGUGUGCUUUUUUCUAUUUUUAAUAAUUUUACGUACAAAUAUUGAAGUAAAUAAAUAAAUAAUGUUAUGAAAUG